UUCCUUCUCUGUUCACUCUACGCAGUACACAGUUAUCUAGUUCUAUAUCUCCUUCCCUGCGUUGCGGCUAGGGUUUCACCAGACCCUUUAUUCUCUCUCGCCAAACCUUUCUAGACUUUUUAUCCUAGUGUGGAGUACAUAGAUCCGAUUAUGGGUAUACUGUGGUUCUAAGGUUUUCCACUGGGGGUGUUAGGGCUUCAUUUAAUUAUCUGAAAGCCUGAAAGCGGUCUGUCGUUUAGAAAUGGCGGAUUUGAACCCUUUUGAUUUGUUGGGCGAUGAUGAUGCCGAGGACCCGACGCAGCUGGUCGCUAAGGUCGCGCCGGCGAAGAAAGCGCAAGUUUCCACCGCUCAGAAGCCGCAGCAACAGGCUAAGCCGCCGGCUAAGCUCCCCUCCAAGCCUCUUCCCCCGGCUGAAGCUGUAAGAGAGGGAAAGACUGAACCUGGUCGUGGAGGUCGUGGUGGGCGAGGACGUGGCCGUGGUCGGGGUGGUGGUGCAGGGUUUGACAAGGAAAAUACCAACAAUUGGAGUACAUUUGGUAGCAGGGAAUUUUCUGGAGGCAGUGCUCCACCUGAAGAGGCAGAUUCUGGAAAACCUUCAGAAAGACGUGGUGGCGGCUAUGGUGGACCUCGUGGAGCUUUCCGUGGUGGUCGCCGAGGUGGGUUUGGUGAUGGUGAUACAGCUGAUGGUGAACGGCCUCGCAGAGUCUUUGAUCGCAGAAGCGGAACUGGUCGCGGCUCUGAAUUAAAACGGGAAGGAUCUGGACGGGCAAAUUGGGGGACUGAAACAGAUGAGCUUGCUGUCAUGACAGAAGUUAAUGAAGUUGAGAAAACUCAAAAUGUGGAGAAGCCUUCCAGAGAAGAGGAAGAAACGGAAGCAAACAAGGAACCUCCUAGUACUGAAGCUGAGGAGAAGGAACCUGAAGAUAAGGAGAUGACUCUAGAAGAAUAUCAGAAGGUGUUGGAGGAAAAGAGGAAGGCACUGCAGGCACUCAAACCUGAGGAAAGAUCCGAAAGGAAGGUCGAUGCUAGUGAGUUUGAUUCUAUGCAACAGAUUUCCAAGAAGAAAAACACUGAUGAUAUCUUCAUAAAAUUGGGUUCUGAGAAGGAUAAGAGAAAAGAGUCUUUGGAGAAGGAAGAGAAGGCCAAAAAGUCUGUCAGCAUUAAUGAGUUUUUGAAGCCUGCUGAGGGUGAGAGGUACUAUGGUGGUCGUGGUAGGGGUCGUGGGCGUGGUAGAGGAUAUAGAGGAGGUGAUGCAAUGAACAACAUGGAUGCCCCUUCCAUAGAAGAUCCCGGACAAUUCCCAACGUUAGGUGGCAAGUGAGAUGGCCCUUGCAGUUGAUGACCGAUCUAUAGUGUGUUCGUGUUUGGGCUUCCCGCUCUUCUCUGAAUAUUUGUUGACUUGGAAUAAUGGAGUGGAAGUAACAAAAGCUCCCUGAAGUUUGUUUUAAAUGUAAAUUUCUUGUGCCAUUUCAUGUGAUCUCCAUGUAGCUUUUCGUGUAAUGUGAUGCUACCUCUUGUUACCAUUCUGAAUUGGGGCAUAUGAAACAGUUUUAACUUAUAACACUUGAUGGUCUCAUGUUCCUCCU